AAAACACCAGUUCAAGAUGGCGUCCACGAAGAGCUCAAGCCGGCAGGUUACUGUUUUCAUGACCGUGCAUUUUGUUUGAGAACAAGAGCGAACACAUAUGCACCAGAGUUUCUCUGAAUUCCCCCCAAAAAGCACACUGUAAGUGUGAUUGGAUAAAACAGAAUGGAGUUUAUGUGGGAAGUCAUGGAGACUAGCGUCAGCCAAUCCCAAGGUGGCGGGCGGGGCUACGUAGUGUCCCACUCACCUGACAGCCGAACCGGCGUCUGUGCGUCUUCUGUAGUAAUCCUGUCCUGAAUGUUGGCAGCCAGCCUGCAGAGAAAGUCUUCAGGUUGCUUGUACUGUUGGGGGCAUGGAACCUCUGCGGAAGGAGGCGAGGGAUAAUCCGUCGGCUUCAGCUAAUCUUCUCUCCAAGAUUUUCUUCUGCUGGCUGAAUCCCUUGUUCAGAAUUGGCUACAAAAGGAAGUUGGAAGAAGAUGACAUGUAUAAAGUUCUACCAGAGGAUGCAUCUAAUAGACUUGGAGAGGAACUGCAGUGGUACUGGAAUCAAGAAGUUCAACAGGCAGCAAAAGAAAUGCGCCCACCGAAACUUACCACAGUCCUUGUUCACUGCUAUUGGAGAUCAUAUUCACUCAUUGGAAUAUACAUCUUUAUAGAGGAAGUUAUCAAAGUUAUUCAACCAGUGCUACUGGGGAAGCUGAUUGAGUACUUUGAGAGUUAUGACCCCAUCAACACAGUUGCAGUCUAUGAAGCCUACAGCUACGCUGUGGGCAUCUCCCUGUCAACCAUCGGCCUGGCUGUCCUUCAUCAUCUCUAUUUCUACCAUGUUCAGCGAGCAGGCAUGAAGAUCCGCGUGGCUAUGUGCCACAUGAUCUAUCGUAAGGCUCUAUGUCUCAACAGCACAGCACUGGCCAAAACUACAACUGGACAAAUUGUCAACCUCUUGUCUAAUGAUGUCAACAAAUUUGAUGAGGUAACGUUAUACUUGCACUUUUUGUGGAUUGGCCCCCUGCAAGCAGCAACUGUGAUAUUAUUGUUGAUGUAUGCAAUUGGUCCUUCAUGCCUCGCGGGAAUGGCUGUCUUCUUCAUCCUGAUGCCAAUACAGACAAUGUUUGGACGACUGUUCUCUAGACUUAGGGCUGAAACAGCAGUCUUAACAGAUGAGAGGAUACGCACCAUGAAUGAAGUCAUCUCUGGGAUCCGUGUUAUAAAGAUGUAUGGGUGGGAGAAGCCUUUUGCUGCAUUGGUGGAUGAAGUCAGAAGACUGGAAAUCUCCAAGAUCAUGAAAAGCUCCUAUUUGCGUGGCCUGAACAUGGCAUCUUUUUUUGUGGCCAGCAAGAUCAUCAUCUUCAUCACUGUGUGUGUUUACGUUCUGAAUGGAAACAAGCUGUCUGCAAGCAGAGUGUUUAUGGCUGUUUCCCUCUAUGGGGCAGUCAGACUCACCAUUACGCUGUUCUUUCCCUUUGCCAUAGAGAAGGUCUCUGAGUCUCUCAUCAGUAUCCGAAGGAUUAAAAAUUUUCUUCUGUUGGAUGAAGUUGCUCCACAGCAUCUCGGACUUCCUGUGGCAGAGGAGGAUUGUAUGGUGGAGAUUCAGGAUUUAUUAUGCUACUGGGAUAAGAUGCUAGAGGCUCCAACCUUACAGAACGUGUCUUUCACAGUGAGGCCCGAACAGCUCCUGGCAGUAAUUGGACCCGUUGGGGCUGGAAAGUCCUCGCUCCUCAGUGCCAUCCUGGGAGAACUGAGUCAGGAAAGUGGUGUGGUCAAAGUCAAAGGAGAGCUGACCUACACUUCUCAGCAGCCCUGGAUUUUACCCGGUACGAUUCGAAGCAACAUCCUUUUUGGCAAAGAGCUCAACCACCAGAAGUAUGAUAGAGUUCUGAGAGCCUGCGCCCUCAAGAGAGACAUGGACCUGUUGCCAGGUGGUGACUUGAUGAUGGUCGGGGACAGAGGAUCCAAUCUUAGUGGAGGACAGAAAGCAAGGGUCAGCUUAGCCAGAGCAGUGUAUCAGGAUGCAGAUAUCUACUUGCUCGAUGAUCCACUCAGUGCAGUGGAUGCAGAGGUGGGCCGGCACCUCUUUGAAGAGUGCAUUUGUGGACUUUUGAGGAAGAAGCCUCGCAUCUUGGUUACUCACCAGCUACAGUAUCUUAAGGCUGCAGAUCAAAUCAUUGUCCUAAAGGAGGGACAGAUGGUGGCACAAGGGACCUACAAUGAUUUGCAGAGCUCUGGACUAGACUUUACCUCCCUGCUUAAGGAGGAGGAGGGUCAGGGCGAGGAGGAAGACAGACAAGGCAUGACUCCCAUCCCUGGGAAUGUGCCCCGCUUCCCCCAUACACUCUCUGACAACUCCAUGUCCUCCAUGUCCUCCCUUUCCUCCUCUCGGUGCUCUUUGAUUGAGGGAGCAGAACCACUUGCAGUGGUAAUGCAACCUACAGAGGAGGAAAGGCGCUUGGAGGGAAACAUCGGCCUGCGUAUGUAUGUGAAAUAUUUCAUGGCAGGUGGUAACUUCCUGGUCCUCUUGGUCCUCAUUUUACUCAAUGCCCUAGCACAUGUUACAUUUGUUCUGCAGGACUGGUGGCUUGCUUGCUGGGCCUCUGAACAGAAGCACAUCAAUGUGACGGAGCACCUCAAUGGCAGCUUCCCUCAGCAGUUGGACCUUGACCUGUACCUAGGUGUUUACGCAGGUUUAACAGCCACCUCAGUUGUGUUUGGCUUCCUUCGCAGUUUGCUCUUCUUUAAUAUCCUGGUGAGCUCAGCCCAAACCCUACACAACAGCAUGUUCAAUGCCAUCCUCCGGACCCCGGUACACUUUUUCGAUAUCAAUCCAAUUGGAAGAAUCCUCAACAGGUUUUCGAAGGACAUUGGUUACCUGGACUCACUGCUCCCGUGGACUUUUGUGGACUUUAUCCAGGUUUUUCUCCAAGUCAUUGGAGUGAUUGCAGUAGCUGCCAUCAUCAUCCCUUGGAUCCUUAUUCCUGUUGUUCCCCUCCUCGCUGUCUUCCUGUUUCUGAGACGCUACUUCCUGCAGACCUCCAGGGACAUCAAGCGGCUAGAGUCUACCACCCGGAGUCCUGUGUUCUCCCACCUUUCUUCAUCUCUACAAGGCCUGAGCACCAUCCGUGCCUUCAAGGUUCAGCAGAAGUUUCAGCAAAUGUUUGAUGAAUAUCAAGAUCUUCACUCAGAGGCCUGGUUUUUAUUCCUGACUACGUCUCGUUGGUUUGCUGUUCGUCUUGAUGGAAUUUGUUCAAUUUUUGUGACCAUCACUGCUUUUGGCUGCCUUUACCUCAGGGAUGGGUUGGAGCCAGGUGCAGUAGGUCUGGCUCUGUCUUAUGCUGUCACACUCACAGGCAUGUUCCAGUGGGGUGUUAGACAGAGCGCAGAGAUCGAGAACAUGAUGACCUCAGUGGAGAGAGUGGUUGAAUAUGCAGAGCUGGAGAGUGAAGCACCUUGGGAGACAGACAAACAGCCUCCACAUGACUGGCCGAAGACAGGCUCCAUCACCUUUGACAGAGUCAACUACUCUUACAGUGCCAGCGAGCCUUUGGUCCUAAAGAACUUGACUGUUGUCUUCACAUCCAGAGAAAAGGUUGGCAUCGUUGGGCGCACUGGUGCUGGUAAAAGCUCCCUGAUCUCUGCCUUGUUCCGGCUCGCAGAACCUGACGGAAGAAUAUGGAUUGAUGGUUUUCAGACUUCUGCAAUUGGUCUGCACACCCUGCGCCAGAAAAUGUCCAUCAUCCCACAGGACCCAGUUCUCUUCACGGGCACCAUGAGGAAGAAUCUGGACCCUUUCAGCCAGCACACAGAUGAGGACCUGUGGAAUGCACUCCAAGAGGUGCAGAUGAAGGCCGUGGUAGAGGAGCUGCCCAAUAAGCUGGAGACGGUGCUGACUGAGUCAGGCUCUAACUUCAGCAUGGGCCAGAGGCAGCUUGUGUGUUUGGCCAGGGCCAUCCUCCGCGAAAACCGCAUCCUCAUUAUUGAUGAGGCCACAGCCAAUGUGGACCCAAGAACUGACAGCCUCAUCCAGCAGACUAUCCGGGACAAGUUUCAAGAGUGUACAGUCCUCACCAUUGCUCACAGGCUCAACACUAUCAUUGACUGUGACAGAAUACUGGUCCUGGAUGCUGGCAGGAUCCGGGAGUAUGACGAGCCAUAUGUGCUGCUCCAGAACCAGGAUGGGCUUUUUUACCAGAUGGUCCAACAGACAGGCAGAGCUGAGGCCGCCUCGCUGCUGCACACAGCUAAACAGGUUUACAUGAACAAAAAGCGAGUGACAGACGUGCGCUGUGCCAAGGACAUCUGUGUCAUCUUUGAGACGUCUCUUUGACAGUUUGGAGAGUCGCUGUGGCCAUCACUGACCAAAUCCUUUAACUGAUAUACUUAGCUCCUUUACUGUGUGCAUUAAAAUGUCUUUAGACUCCCAGCAGACAUAGUGUAGUAUGUGCUGCAUUUGAUUGUCAUAGUCCUUUGGUCUGGAACAGGAAAGAGGCAAGUAUGUGAGGCAGGCUGUACCUUUAUUGAUGGCAUAUUACUGCAUGGCUGUUUAUUGAUUACACUCAGCCAUGUUUAUGUAUGUGUGUUCUGGCCUCUUGGGUAGCUUCAACCCAGCACUCCUGCAGAAAAGAGUGCAGAUAUUGGGUGUGUUUAUCUUGGUGCAAUAAAUUAUUGGUGGCUUAAGCUAUUCUUUUAAAGCGGACACUGUUUUGCUCAACUAAGGUCUUUUUAUUAUUUGGAAAAUGCUUGACAAUACAAGGAGAAACCAAAGAGGAUGAUACCAAUGUCUUCAGUAAUCAUUGUGCCUUAAUCAGACUAUUGAUUCUUUGGAAUUUCAGUCUUCCUGCGCUCUGACCAUAGUGAUUUUAUGUCUACCUCAGCUCAUGUAAGGAAGGGACAGUAAAGUUGAAAUGGAACAUGCCAUUUAAUGGCAGUGAUACUGACUAACAAAGAGGAACAUGGGAGAAGUUUUAAGUUUGUAACUUUUUAAUAUUCAUUUCUCUCUUUACUCUUUUGAUAAAUGUGCUGUUGUUGCUCUGAGAACAUAGCACCUUUUACUGUGGCAGUAACAUGAAAUUGAGUAUCACUAAUAUGAUUUCUAGUAUUUAUGCUGUUUUCUAUAUAUUUGUGCAUGUUUUUUUUUGUUAAAAGUUGUAUUUCAGUGAGUUUGCACUUUGUAACUGAUUAGUCAUUAAUUAGUGAUACAUAUGGUCACUUAAAAUUUACAGUAGAUGAAGUUCGAAUUACAUAUAA